AUGGACCGGAGCGUUGUUUCAAAGAAGAAUCGGAAGCUCUUUUGCAGCGAGAACAGACCGGCCACGGCCAAUUUCCGAAGCCAGGUCCAGAGAAGCGGGCUCUUGUUGAUUCGCGCGAGGCGCGACGUGGCUAGCGCGGCGCAGAAGCGGAGCGACAACGCUGCGGCGAGCGAAAGACCAGGCGGGGAAAAAGAGCCGAAGGAAACAGAGCCGAAGGGCGCGGGAGCAGAAAACGGCGCGACGUCGGGCAGAAAAGACAUGCGCGCUGCCCUUAAUGUCUCGGCCUCGCCCUCUUCCAGCAUUUCUGAGAGAGACCUUUCAUUGCCAUUCUUGCUCUUUCGUGCGAUCCCUUUUUCUCUUUCAUCUUCAUUUUCACUUUCACUUUCAAUUUCACAUUCUCUUUCUCUUUCACCUUCAUUCUCUUCGUCUCUGCACUCUCUCAAUGCCAUCUCUCCCACCACGCGCUCGUGCAAACGCCACGCCGUCAGAUGGUCAUUUGUCGUGGCGAGAAGCGCCGCCGUAGCCAAAAAGAACUGCCAGAGCUCGACGUCGCCCAUCAGCGCCACAUCCGCGCUCCAAUUGCGCCCUUCCAAAAAGUGA